UAUGUGGAGAGAGGGAGUGUGUGGAGAUGCUCUGUGUGAAAGUUCCCGGAUGAAGGUGUAACGCCAUCUUUACUCCACCAUUCAAGCCGCAGCUGUUGCUCGCAUAGGGGCCUGCCGGUGAACUCACACUCCUCCUUUACUCCCAAUCUCACAAAACACGCUCGCCUCGCGCUGUCCAACAUGGGUGACCGGGAGGAUUUGGUGUACCAAGCCAAACUCGCCGAGCAGGCGGAGAGAUAUGAUGAAAUGGUUGACUCCAUGAAGAAGGUGGCUGGGAUGGAUGUCGAGCUAACGGUUGAAGAGAGAAACCUGCUCUCGGUGGCCUACAAGAACGUUAUUGGGGCAAGAAGAGCAUCCUGGAGGAUAAUCAGUAGUAUUGAGCAGAAAGAGGAGAAUAAGGGUGGAGAGGACAAAUUGAAAAUGAUUCGGGAAUAUAGACAAACGGUUGAGACUGAAUUGAAAUCAAUCUGCAAUGACAUCCUUGAUGUGUUGGACAAGCACCUAAUCCCAGCUGCAAAUUCAGGAGAGUCCAAGGUCUUCUACUACAAAAUGAAGGGUGAUUACCACAGGUAUCUCGCUGAGUUUGCUACAGGAAACGACAGGAAGGAGGCUGCAGAAAACAGUUUGGUUGCUUACAAAGCUGCUAGUGAUAUUGCAAUGACAGACCUUCAGCCUACACACCCCAUUCGCUUGGGUCUGGCUCUUAACUUCUCUGUAUUCUACUAUGAAAUCCUCAACUCUCCCGACCGUGCAUGCAGGUUGGCAAAGGCGGCAUUUGACGAUGCUAUUGCUGAACUGGACACAUUGAGUGAAGAAAGCUACAAGGACUCCACACUCAUCAUGCAAUUGUUACGUGAUAACCUGACACUAUGGACUUCAGAUAUGCAGGGAGACGAUUCCUAAAGGAAAAUGUUAAUUGCCCACAAACUUUAUUUGUGAGGAACAGAAUAAAGAGGCGCUGCAAGAUGUGGAGGAUGAAAACCAAUGAGACAACACAGCCAAUAUGAGACUCCACCCCACUCCCCCUCCCCUUCCCCAGACCCCACUCACAAAGGGAGCCACCAAGCCCAACCUUAUGAGUGGCACUCAACAGCUUGAUGCCUCCAGUUUUCUCUCCCUUUGUUUGAUUUUUAAUAUUAUUCUGUUUUAUUAGCCCUUAAAUUGAAAUAAAAUAUACCACUCAUGAAACAAACUUCAAUUAUGAUUUUUGAAUGGUCAGAACUUAAAGAUUUCUUGGAGUAUUAUAUAUAUAUAUAUAUAUAUAUAUAUAAUUUUUUUUUUUUUUUUUUUGUCCUGGUACAACAUUUUUCCUUUUUUUUUUUUUAAUGUUCAUUUGCUUUAUUUCUCAACAUUUUUAUCAGUUGCUGGAUAUAUUUUGAGUUUUUCUUAAUGUAAUUACAGAAAUUAACUUUUAUUACUAUUACUGAUAUGUCUACUAUUAGUGGUUUGAGCUGUAAUAUUUCUGUGUUAGUGCAAUUAUAAAAUGCAGUUAAAGAAAACAAUUAAACCUUUAAAAGGGCAAGUCUAAACAAAGUGCUCUUUUUGUUAAUUUAGUUUUUCAGAGAAAGUCAAAGCAAAUUUCUUGAUAUCCAUGUGGAGCAAAAUGCUUAACAUCACCAAGUAGUAGUUAUGUAGUAACAUUUACCAGUGGUCUGGACUGUAAUUUGUGCUAAAAUACUGUAUUGCUCACAUAGGCUGAUGAUGAUGAUGAUGGUGGGUGGAUGGAUGGCUGCAGCUCUAUAAAACUGAAGGAGCCUUGUUGCUUUUAGAACUAAGACAAAUGCAGGUCUCCAUUUGGCUGUCUCAAAAAGAAAAAAGAAAAAAAAAAGCACUAAUAAAGUUGAUUUUAAGCCUGCAUGAGUUACAUGAAAUAGUCUAUUUUUCUUCUUCCCCCCUGAAUCUACAUAAUGCAUAUAAUUUCUUCUGUACUUUGUUAACUUGAAACUAGUUUGUACUACUGGAUAUCUGACUGGAACCACAGACGUAAAAUCUGUAUUACAACGAAACAGCAUGGAAUUAACAAUUAACUUAAAUAAAACUGCCUCAAGUAAAAUAUUUAACCACC